CUGCCCCCUGCCCCCGGUCGGCUCCAGGCUGGGGGGAGGGCUGCUCAAGCUGAGGACAGUGCUUGACCUGAGGGUUACUAAGGCGGGACUAAGAUGUCCCUUUGGCCAGGUUGGCUGCCUGGCAUCCCGAGGUGGUGAAACUCUCGGGCUGCAAAGCAUCUUUAUGAUCAGUGCUGGAAAGAAAGAGGUGGUGCCCCUCUGGUAGCUCAGCCCAGUGUCUUUGGCAAGACAGGCCUACCUAAGGUCGGCUUCUCAGGCUUCCCUGUUCUCCACAGCACAUGGUGAUGAGUUUCCGGGUGUCUGAGCUCCAGGUGCUCCUUGGCUUUGCUGGCCGCAACAAAAGUGGACGGAAGCACGAGCUCCUGGCCAAGGCCCUGCACCUCCUCAAGUCCAGCUGUGCCCCCAGUGUCCAGAUGAAGAUCAAAGAGCUGUACCGCCGACGCUUCCCCCGAAAGACACUGGGGCCCUCUGAUCUCUCCCUUCUCUCUUUGCCCCCUGGGACUCCUCCCGUGGGCUCCUCUGGUCCUCUAGCUCCCAUCCCCCCUGCCCUCUUGGCCCCUGGCACCCUGCUGGGCCCCAAGCGUGAAGUGGACAUGCACCCCCCUCUGCCCCAGCCUGUGCACCCUGAUGUCACCAUGAAACCAUUGCCAUUCUACGAAGUUCACGGGGAGCUCAUCCGGCCCACCACCCUUGCAUCCACCUCUAGCCAGCGGUUUGAGGAAGCGCACUUUACUUUUGCGCUCACACCCCAGCAAGUGCAGCAGAUUCUCACAUCCAGAGAGGUUCUGCCAGGAGCCAAAUGUGAUUAUACCAUACAGGUGCAGCUAAGGUUCUGUCUCUGUGAGACCAGCUGCCCCCAGGAGGAUUAUUUCCCCCCCAACCUGUUUGUCAAGGUCAAUGGGAAACUGUGCCCUCUGCCGGGUUACCUUCCCCCUACCAAGAAUGGGGUUGAGCCCAAGAGGCCCAGCCGCCCCAUCAACAUCACACCCCUGGCUCGACUCUCGGCCACUGUUCCCAACACCAUCGUGGUCAACUGGUCAUCUGAGUUUGGACGGGUGAGCAUGGCUGAGUCAGGAAGGAUGGAGAAGCCUGCAACACAGGGAAAUUACUCCUUGUCUGUGUACCUGGUGAGGCAGUUGACUGCAGGGACUCUUCUACAAAAACUCAGAGCAAAGGGCAUCCGGAACCCAGAUCACUCCCGGGCACUGAUCAAGGAGAAAUUAACGGCUGACCCGGACAGUGAGGUGGCCACUACAAGUCUCCGAGUGUCACUCAUGUGCCCGCUAGGGAAGAUGCGCCUGACUGUCCCUUGUCGUGCCCUCACCUGCGCCCACCUACAGAGCUUCGACGCUGCCCUGUAUCUACAGAUGAAUGAGAAGAAGCCAACGUGGACAUGUCCUGUGUGUGACAAGAAGGCUCCCUAUGAAUCUCUUAUCAUUGAUGGUCUAUUCAUGGAGAUUCUUAAUUCCUGCUCGGAUUGUGAUGAGAUCCAGUUCAUGGAAGAUGGAUCCUGGUGCCCAUUGAAACCCAAGAAGGAGGCAUCUGAGGUUUGCCCCCCGCCAGGGUAUGGGCUGGAUGGCCUCCAGUACAGCCCAGUUCAAGAGGGCAAUCCCUCAGAGAAUAGGAAGAAGGUUGAAGUUAUUGACCUGACAUUAGAAAGCUCAUCAGAUGAGGAGGACCUGCCCCCAACGAAGAAGCACUGUCCUGUCACCUCAGCUGCCAUCCCGGCUCUACCUGGAAGCAAAGGAGUCUUGACAUCUGGUCACCAGCCCUCUUCGGUGCUCCGGAGCCCUGCUAUGGGAACGCUGGGUGGAGAUUUCCUGUCCAGUCUCCCACUACAUGAGUACCCACCUGCCUUCCCACUGGGGGCAGACAUCCAAGGUUUAGAUUUAUUUUCUUUCCUUCAGACUGAAAGUCAGCACUAUGGUCCCUCCGUCAUCACCUCGCUAGAUGAACAGGAUGCCCUUGGCCAUUUCUUCCAGUACCGAGGGACCCCUUCCCACUUCCUGGGCCCACUAGCCCCCACAUUGGGGAGCUCUCACCGCAGCACCACUCCAGCACCCCCUCCUGGCCGUGUCAGUAGCAUUGUGGCUCCUGGGGGGGCCUUGAGGGAGGGGCAUGGAGGACCCCUGCCCCCAGGUCCCUCUUUGACUGGCUGCCGUUCAGACAUCAUUUCCCUGGACUGAGUCCCCUGGAUUAUGGAACCUUCACUGUCUCCCAGCGCUGAGCAAGUAUGCUGUGGAGUCCAGACUCCUGGCCACUCUGCCACUUAGCGGGGUUUUGCCCAAAGGCAAGAAAGACCUUCACAGACACUAGUUUUUGGCCUCAUCUCUGCCGGACAAGGCCAGCAUCCAAAGGGUUAAUAUUUAACCUCUUUUUAAGGACAUUUAGGUUCUAUUUUUUGAAGUGGUCUUUAGAUGGCGGGCAUAUUCAUUUGGGUAUGUUAACCUAGGCAGGGGGGCAAGUGGGAUGGGAUAUGAGUUGGGGGAAGGGCUGAAUUCUCAGCCUUGACUAUCUAGAGCCUCAUGGGGAAGGGGCCCUUCUGUUGUCCCCCAGAUGCCCUCUCUUCCCAGUCUCCAAAUCCAUGGCUCAGUUCCAUCCACAUAGCCAUUGUCUCUUCAUGUCCAUCCUGUUCUCUCUGGCCAAACAGACAGGUGGAGAAACUGAGACAGACACAUGGACAGAGAACUCUAUUUUGGGUUGCAGAUUUUUGUACAUAGACAAGGAAAACCAAAAUGCGUCCAAAGACAACUUCCCCUGCCUCCUACUUCCCAGUAUGCCUGAGGAGGAGGUAUGGCCUCAGCCCUGAUCCCCAGGGGUUUGGGAGCAGGGCCUGGCCUAUUGCCCCGGGCUCUCUAUUUAUAUAUUUAAGUUCACAAUGUUUCUUAUGCUGACCAGCCCAGGGCUUGAACUUCUAAAGGUCCACUGCCCUGAGGUGAGGUCUGGCUCAUUCUGCACCUUUCCUGGGAGGUGGAAGGACCCUUGUGCUGUCCCUAAUCUCCUUUUUCAGGCUCCUCCAGGGCCUAGGACCUCUGUUGUAAUUUUACUUUUUAUUCCCAAAGUUGUACAAAGUUCUUACCCAUAAUAAAGGUUGUGAAUCUUCUGUGUCA